AUUCGAUAGGUGCUCACCUAAGGUUCGACCAUGUAUCCCUUGAAGAGCGGUUGGAGAAUACAUGCCCCUUUCAUUGUGAGUUUUGUUUUGUUUCAGUCUACAUAUGGAUCGUAGCGGUCCGAGCUAUUGAUAAGCUUAUACAAAUGGAAUGAUAUUUGCCUAUCACUGGUGACUAUUGAAAAUCCAACCAAUAUAUCGGCAAGUGGCCGACGAUUUCCAACGCUCGGCACUUUCGGAGGUUUGUGGCAACACAAAAACUGGCGGAGAUCAACCAUGGAUCACCGGUCAAAUCAGGAAAUGAUAUUCAGGACCCAUCAGGUACAAUGUCAGGAACAGGCAGAGGAUUGAAGUCUGAAGUUUAAGCUCGGCAUUAACGGCGGCUAAUCGGGUGAUGUAUCACGAAUGGGUCUCUUGUUUCAAAGAAUGGGGCUUGCUCCAUUCUUUGCAUAGCAGGGAUGUGACAGGGCCAUCUGAUCGAUUCCAGAAUGCCUGAGGGCAUCUGCACCCCUGGUUCCUUGUUGCCUGCACACUUACGUGUUUCGCAUCUCCCUUGGCUCCUGCAUUAGUGGGGGUCUAUUAUUUGAAAUUUUCCGGCGUUAUAAGAAGCAGGGAGAUGGCCAUUGUUGCUGACCUAUCUUGUACUAUCUCUCUGUAUCCCAAUUCGAAAAAUGUCUCCCUCACCCCGGUCGCUUUUGGCCCCCUUGCUCCUGGCGACAUGCGUGUCCGCACAGAGUGCCGCUAUCUCCCGAGCGGAAACCGCCCUCACCACGCUCCAGACAUGGUAUAACCCAUCCACAGGCAUGUGGAAUACCUGCGGGUGGUGGAACGGUGCCAAUUGCAUGACAGUCUUGGCGGACCUGGCGCUUGUCGACGACUCUGAGUCGGUCAACAACACUGUGAAAGGUGUAUUCGCAAACACCUUCAGUGUUGGGCCCGCGUCGAACCCGUAUCCAGACCGGAACAAUGAUUCCUACUAUUCAAGUGCCGUCCAGAGCAAACGGCGUACGGUAGACGCCACGCAAUGGAUCGAUGGGUCCUAUGAUGACGAUGCAUGGUGGGGGCUAGCGUGGAUCGCCGCCUACGAUGUGACAGGAAUCAAUGAUUACUUGGAUCUGGCAGCCGGGAUUUUUGAGCAUCUGAGUCAAGCUUGGCCAUCGAAGUGUGGUAAUGGAGGAAUCGACUCCGACUUUACACAUGUUUACGUGAAUGCCAUUACGAACGAGCUUUUCUUCUCUCUCGCGGCACACCUGGCCAACCGUGCAUCUGAUCGCGACUAUUAUGUCGACUGGGCUCGCCGGCAAUGGACGUGGUUCAAGAAUAGCGGGAUGAUUAACUCGAACAACACCAUCAACGACGGUUUAUCGAGCGAUUGUAAAAACAACGGGGGGGCGAUAUGGUCUUACAAUCAAGCGGUCGUUCUAGGAGGUCUCGCCGAACUAGACCGGGCAGUCUCUAACGAAUCGUACGUGGAUGCCGCAGCGAAGCUUGCCAAAGCCUCGAUUGCAUAUCUGGCGGACGACAACGACAUCAUUCAUGAGUCGUGCGAACCGGACAGCUGUGACAGCAACGAAACCCAGUUCAAGGGUAUCUUCAUCCGAAACCUAAAGCUUCUGCACUCUGUCGCGCCAGACGACGCGUACACGAAGGUAAUCAACGCGUCUGCCAACAGUAUCUGGCAAAACGAUCGGAAUGCGCAGAACCAGCUGGGUGUGGACUGGGCGGGCCCCGUCUCUCAGGUGGAUGCUUCGACACAUAGCUCGGCCAUGGAUGCAUUGGUUGCUGCGAUUGGGAUUUGA